GAAAACGGCCUGUUCCGCGCAUAAUUCCCCCCUUAAUUUAUCGUUACUUAUUAUUAAUUUAUUGUUAAUUAACAUUGCCGUAAGCUCGCCGCCGAAUGUCGUUACACCGGUCCGUGUGCCGUCAAUCGUCAGCUCCCGUUUACCCAAAACACCGAGGGUCUCUUCGGCGCCGCGCAUUGUCCGCUGCGCUCGUCUCGACUUAUCGCAGCCUCAUCACUCAGCGAUCCGCGAGGAAAGUCGAAUUCUUCGCGAUAAGCGCUCUCGAUGUGGCCGUGCGAUGUGUAACGCAGCGUGAUCACGUAAAUAAAACGGAGUCGUCGGACGUCAGUCGAGCGCUGAUGAAGAGUAGACUCGUGCGCGCGAGGAUGAUCCGUAGUCCGUUUUCGCGAUGGCUGCCGGCGUGCCGAGGCAGGUGCGCGCCGGGUAGGAGGCCGGUUUCAGUCUCUCCGAUGAUACAUUCGCCGGCACACCGGGGGUAUAAAUGAAGGACAAUGACCUAAUUGCGCGCAGAAGGCCUCGUGCUCCGAGACCGAUGGUCAAUCAGCGGGCGCGCGCGCUUUGAUCCUCGCUUUGGCCUCCUCACACGUCGCGGCAGCCCGCUCUUCCGGACGCGUAUUUGAGAGCGGCAGCAACCGGGACCGGUGCGGUUUCGUGCGUCGCAGGUGCGCAGGUCGCCAUGAAGGCAAUCAGUUGGCUCUGCUGGCUCCUCGCCGUCUGCAUCUGCCUUUCCGAUGCGAAGAGCAAGGUCAGGAGGCCGUUACCACCGUUGUACGCGGUGGUCCUGAAGAAACCACGGCCCAUCGGCCACAGAAUAUCCAUGGGCAACACCAUCCACAUCGGCGCUAAUUUUCCCCAUCAGAGAGUACCCUACAAGCACGUCAACUACAGGCCCCGCCGGCCUGUGUACAACGUCUUGCCAGCCAGCUGGAAAAACCAGAUCCCGAUGCGCGCGACCUUGAACAACAAUCGCGCGGUGCUGCCGCAACGCGUUCCGCUCAAGGAGUUCCACUCGGUGAACAAGGUGCCGGAGUACAGUCCGGAGUACCGGCCGGAGCUGGUGGUGUUGCCGGCCACCCAUCGAGGAGGUAUCGACGACGACAAAGGACCCAUCCACACGAUCCCAGCGCCGAACCUAAGCCCGGCCGAUAAGCCUUACAACUCGCCAGUGGAUCAGAAAGAGAUCGCUGAUCGCCGCCCGUACCCCGCUGAUCUUAAUUAUCACACCACAGCGCAAAAUUCCAACGUUGGGUUGGCCGCGAUCGACAACAGUCUGUCGCUGCAGAGGCCAGCGACGAGUCCAAGCACGCCUCAGCAUCAGUACGAGGUGACGGAGAGCAAUGACGCGGUGGUUCUGAAGGAUCACCAGGCCGCUGUGCAGUCGGUGACCCUCCAGCCUCAGGACCUCGACGUGACCAGACUCUACUCGACCAUCAUGAAUCCUCAUCCGCACUCCAGCGAGCUGUUCGUCAACCACCCGGUAAAUGGCAACGCGGCUGUCGUGGGACCGAACGUGGUGCAGUUCGGCCAGUCGAGUGUGCCGAUGCAGACGAACCUUCACAGUUCCCUGCACGUCGGCUUCCCCGCCACUGCCGUUCAGACACCGUACACCGUGGCGCAGCAGCAGAUCCCCGAACUCCACGUGGGCCACCCAGCACCGGCUGGGCCACCGUUGUCGGCAACGCAGCUCUACGAUCUGCUCAACAGCUUCCCGCACAAAUUCGCGGAACAAUACACACCAGAUCAACAACACAUCCUUCAGCAGCAACUUGACCAAAUUCUCCAACCGGACGGGAUAACGAGCUUCUCCCAACCGCAGAUGCAUUCCUUCAAUUACGACGAGCAAGCUAACCAGCUGCAGCAACAGCUACAGCAGCAGCAACAGCAACAGCAAAUCCUGCUCGACCAAGAUUACGCCUCGGGGAGUGUGACGGCGGACUACAACCUCGACCCGGAGUCUUCGGUGGACGCUCGCAAGCAGAACGACGUGCGCGCGAGCGAGGAACUCGCGUACCCUGUCGAUGGAGUGGAACAGUCCGAGAACAACAUCGAGUACGAGGCAACGAGUCCUCCAAGAAGCCCGACGCCGUACUCGAGGAAACCGGGCAACAUCGGCGGUGCGAUAGCGACAAAAUUCUACACGACGCUACCUAACAGGGACGCCGCCGAGAAGCUGGCCGCGUUGGCUGCCGCGGGCAAUGUCAACAGUCGCCUGAUGGGCCAGCUGCGAAAGCGGCAGCAACAGCAACAGCAACAGUGGCAGGACAUGCAAAGCGACGAGUCAAUGCCGCCCAAUCACAAGAACGACGACAACGCGGGCCAGCAGACGUGGACCGAUGGCGAGCAGCUGCAAAGAUACAACCAGCACAAUAAGCAUCAGAAGAAUCAGCAGCAACGUCGCAAGCAAGGCUACAAGAGCGCGCCGAGCGACGAGAAGUUACCUCUGCAAAUAACGGUACCUGAGGAGGACGAGUACGCGAGCGACGACCAGCUGAGCGACAUAAGGAAGGACAACGCGGACGUGGAGUACGAAUAUGAGGGUGAAGACGGGGAGGGCGAGGGGUCGCAGGAGUCUGCCGCUUCGUUCGCUGGACAAGCCGCGCCUCACGACGACGACCCUCACGUCGAGUUCGGCAGCCGCCUGCGGUCAAAGACUAGAGAAUGAGGAGGCGCGUGCUGCGCAUCGGUAGGCAAUAAGA